AUGGCGAUAACUAGGAGAACAAAUACGCAGGACCACCAACACGAGAAUGAAGAACAUGUUGAGGUUGUUGACGAAACGGAUCUUUCUGAAGUUGUUCGGGUGCUAAAACAGGAAAUGGAGAUCAUGAAACAGCAACGAGAAAAAGAUGCAAGGAAACUUGCGGCCUUGAAAGUCGAGAACGAGAACUUAAAAAAGGAUAAUAUGUCAUGGAAACCCUCUCAAGCGGCAAACUCGCAAACUCAAGGGUCUUAUCAGUCCCAGGCGAUCCACACCUCGGUUCCCCAUGCUUCGGCAGCAGCACCUGAGAAGUUCCCUUCGGCCCUCCCCACAGUUGGUCGUCUUGCAGAUGUGGUAACUUUGAGCACCACGGGUGAUGCCGCGUUGUGUCGGAUUUUUCCAACAUCCCUCAAGGGCAGGGCCUUGAGUUGGUUCACUCGGCUCCCCCCCAAUUCCAUUGACUCGUUAAACACUUUGUCGUCCCACUUUAAUAUUCAGUUUCCAACAAGUUGCCCUCACAGUUUGACGUCCUUGUCGCUGGUUAGCCUUCGGCAAGACAAGAAGGAGUCGCUUCGAACUUUCAUGGAUCGGUUCAACAAGGCUACCUUGGAGAUCCGAGAUCUUAAUCCGGCUGUAGCGCUCCACCAUCUCACAACAGCUUUGAAACCUGGACCAUUUGUUAAUAGCAUCUGCAAGAAACCUCCUUCGGACAUGAAUGACCUACGAAGGCGGGCAGAUAAAUACAUGCAGAUGGAAGAAUUGGCAGAGUAUCGCAAUCAGGCCCGAGCCGAACAGUGUGGAAAACCUGAGAAGCAACCAGAACAACUAUACAAGGGGCGAGGCAAAGAGUUAACCUUACGUGAUCGACCUACGCAAGGUCUGAAGUACUCCCAUUACACACCACUCAAUGCAAGCCGAGCCGUUGUGCUUGAACAAGCACUCGCCUCAGAAGUAUUAGCAGUCCCAAAAAGAGCCUCAACACCACCCCGCGCUAAUGUCAGCAAAUCUUGCAAGUAUCACCGCAAUCACAGACAUUCGACCGAAGAGUGCGCGGCGUUGAGAGAUAAAAUUGAAGAUUUGAUCAAACAAGGGCAACUCAGAAAUUUCGUGGAUUGGCCAAACUCAUCUCGCCAUCAGUCAACAUACCAACCUCGGCAGCAAGACAGGUCUGACCGCUCAGAUAGGCAUCGCCGCGAGCGCAGCCGAUCAAGGGAUCGGAAAGAGGACCCUCAUACAACGCAUCGCCGGGUUAUCAACAUGAUUGCCGGGGGUUUUUCCGGUGGCGGGUCGACAUCAUCGGCUCAAAAACGACAUUUGCGAGUUGUUCGAUCGGUGAAUGCUCUUGAGCAGCGGGUGACUCGGCGAUUGCCCACCAUCACAUUCACUGAUGAGGAUUUUAAGGGCAUUGAUCCAGUUCAGGAUGAUCCUAUGCUCAUCAGCGUAGAAAUACGCAAUUGUAUUGUGAAGAAGACACUAAUUGAUCAGGGCAGUUCGGCUGAUAUUCUAUAUUGGAACACUUUUGUACAGCUCGGUAUCCCCGAAGAAGAGCUAACCCCCUACAAUGAGCCGCUGGCUCGUUUUGCAGGGGAAAGGGUCAACACCAAGGGAUUCAUUAAACUCUCUACUCGGUUUUGUUUCGACGAAAGGGAGCACCGAGAUAUCCAGGUGAAAUAUAUCGUCGUCCAAGCCAACACAUCUUAUAACAUAUUACUUGGUCGGCCAUCAUUGAACGCCCUGGGGGCAAUUGUUUCAACCCCGCAUCUGGCUAUGAAGUUCCCAUCGGCCAAAGGAAACAUUCUCACCAUACACGCCGAUCAAAAGGCAGCUCGGUAG